AGCCCUUUUAUAAUAAGGAAAAGCUCAGAAGAAAAAACCACUUCGAAUUUCGAAAACUGAAAAACAUUGUUUUGCCCUCUCCAGUCUCGUUUCUACAAGUCUAGAAGUGGUUUUGGGUGUUUCUCUCUCUCCAUCUCUUGAAAGAAAGCGGUUUUCGAAUGUCGAUGGAUUGGAAGGAGGCGUGCAAUUUGGGCGGGUUGUGGACGAACGAGAGGCACUGGAACUUCCUAAACUCCAUAGAAGCCACCUUCGUUAGUACGAUGGUGGAGAAUGGCGGUUUAAUUUACGCUACUGCUCUUCAUCCUCCCCUCGAUCGCUACAUUCCCGACAGAUCCGACUCUACACUCGAUCUACAAAGCCACAGAAGUACUACAAGAAAACGACUGUAUUUGUCCGUAGUCGGUGUUGAUGUCUUGCAUCCGAACAAGAUCUCCGACGCCGGAACGGAGGAAUCUAACAAAAGACGGUCAAGACAGCCACGCGAUGCAUCGGAAGAUCAGGUGGUCCCGCAGCUUGCAAACACGAAAGCUGAUAAGAUUAAUAGCAGCGACGACGAAGUCACCGUUGAAUCUACAGAAGAAGAUGGAGAAGAAGCUCCGUCAGUUUCACCAUUACACGGGAAAUCAAGUUAGAUAUGGUUUCUGUUU